AUGGAUUCAUUAGACAUUCAAAAAGUUUUAUUACUUAAGAGAGUUAUCUAUAUAGUAGAAAAUAAUAUUGGUAAUUUUGAAGAAAGAUCUCACUGGAUUCAAAAAAUCGUAAAGGAAACCCCGGAGUUGAUUGUCUUAUUACCAUCUCUUAAAGAGAAAAUCGAAAGAUUCUGUGAAAACUACAAUAUAUCAACAAAUACUCUAAACGAACAAUGCCCUAUUAAUAUUCAAUAUAAAAAGAUUAAGAUUGAUAAAUUAAUCGUUGAACAUAUUCUUCAAGAUGAUUAUUCGAAUAUAAUUCUGAAAUAUAAUAUCAUUCCAGUUGAGAAAGCAAAUCAUCGUCACCAACCCCAUUAUUUCUAUCAUUGGUUAGAAAACGUUCUGAUUAUAACUAUUUUAAGUCAUGAUUUUAGAAACAUUCCUGAAUUAGAGUAUAAAAUUGAAUCUAAUUAUGAAAUUACUACCCAUCUUGACUCUGAUAAUGAAAAUUCUUACGAUUCACAACCCGAGUUAUUUAAUGCAGUACAAAGAAUGAGACUAUAUCUUUGCUGUUCAUUAUUUCUUCAAGAGAAAUAUCUGGAUGUUAUUCAAAAGAUAUUUUAUUUUAAUGACAAGGAUAGCGGAUUUUUACAUAUAUCUCAAUGGAAUUUACAAAAUAAUUUCAUUUUUGAAGAUGAAUUUUAUACCAUAGUAUUGAUUUCUGCAUUAUUAACAAUUCCAAUAAAUAAAUAUAAAAAUUUCAUACAACUGGCAAAUAUACAAUUAUUGUUCCAUAAUUUCCCACUAGCAAACAUGGUAUUUGAUCUUUUAGUGAACAUUAAUUUUAAAAAAUUCUUUAAUGUUUGGUUUCAAAAAGUAUACCCAAUCGUCCAAAAACAUUUUAUCAUUGGACCUAAAUUAGAUGAGAUAGAACAAAAAAUAAGAACAAAGAUAUACGUGUUUUACCUUAGUGUAUCGGAUAAAAUUAAAAUUAGUCAAUUAUCUGAGUCAUUGGGCAUAGCAUACAAUAUAGUUUUAAAUGAUUUAACAAAAUUAUUUAAUGAAAGGCAAUCAAAUUUUUUUAUAGAAGGUGACAUAGUUUUUUACAAAAAGAGAUCGAUUAUAAACGAUAUUUCAAGUAUCUUAAAAACAAAUGAAAAUAGGAUAUCAAAAUUAGUAGACAAAAAAAGAGAAGAUAAUCAUCAACUUAUAGAAUUUCUUCAUAAUUCAACUUCAACUAAUAGUCAAAACUGUACAGACUAA